GGGACUUGUGUUUUCUAAGUAGUUAAUUAAUGCUGCAUCACCUACCAUUCCCAGGAGAGCUAACCAUUCGAUACUACCUUCUUUACACGUCAAUUGUCCUAUCGCGACGGAAAAACAUCCGAUCGAUAGAUAACCUCACAACUCAAGUGAGGCAAGUCAAAGCCAACACCUCAACCAUACAAUCAAUCAUACAAUCAAUCAUACACCUAUUCCAGUCAUCAUGGAAUCUCCAAGGCAACCCACGACAACAGUCACGCCCACUCCCACCUCUGCACCCACACCGAGAAAAUACACCGGCUUGGAUUGUAGAUUUUGUCAAAAGAGUUUCUCCAAAGGCGAGCAUUUGAGGAGACACGAAAGAAGUCGUAAGAAGAAAUCCCUCUCCCAUUCGAAUGCCUCUUCAUCAACAUGAAUCGCAAGCUAAUCCAGUGAUGCAAAAAGAUACUGGAUCUCGACCUUUCGUAUGCAAAGAAUGCAGACGACCAUUUGCAAGACAAGAUUCCCUUGCUCGCCAUGAAAGAUUACAUACUCGGAGAGAAAGCAAUUAUCCCAAUUAUCCUUCACCACCUUCGAGUUUGGUUUCGCAAUCAAGCAUACCGACAAAUAUGUUACCCGCGAUGGAUUCAAACUUACAAGUUGAGACACCACGAACACAACAAGGAAAUAUGGAGGAUAGAGGUACUGGCCAUUCUAUCAUUGGAAAUACACCUUCUUCGACCGAAGAUCUCGAUUUUGAAUUGAUAUGGCCAGAUUCGGAAGAUCUGUUCGAAACUUUGAUGUCUUCCGAUCCAACGAAUUCUUGGCAAAUGCCAAUUGGAAUAUUACCUGUACCUAUUACAACUCGAUCACACAUAAAUAACGGUAGUUUUGGUAUACCAGGUCCAUUUCAGGAGAAGGGCUCGAUUGGGUCAAUUCCGGUGGGAGAAAGUCAUCAAGCGGUGCAUAAUGUUAGUGAGAUGGUCACUAGUCUGUCAUCAACUGUUACGGCUGCUGUUGAAGCUACGUCUCUUACGUCAGUUUUCCUGGAUGAAUGUUUACAUAUGUUUUUUGUAAGAUUCAUACCUACAUUUCCAGUAUUACAUCGAUCAACAUUCGUCUUUCGAGAAUGCACUCAACCUUUACUUCUCAAUGCCAUGGCUAUCGGUUCUUUAUAUCUUGGGCCCAAAGAUUCAGUUGCGAAAGGCGAAGCUUUAUGGAGGCUUGCCCAUGUAGCCGUUGCAACAUCUUGGGAAACAUUAAUCACUCAUCAAGGUCCGUACGAUAGUUGUCAGGGAGUACAAUUAGUGGUCACGGCUCUACUUGCUCAAAUCUACGGCGCCCUUUCAAGAAAUCGAGUUAUUCGCACUACAAGUCAAGCAUUCCAUGCUCUGGGAUUUUUUUGGGCAAGACAAUGCGCAUUAUCUGAUAGCGAGCCAUAUUCAAGGAGCAACUUACCAAACCAAAAUUCUACCGACGAAGAAAAGAAUAGAGCUUGGAAAGUUUGGGCAGCCAAAGAAAUUCAACAACGUGCGUUAUUAGGUCAUUACGUAUUGGACGGCUUAAUAUCCCGAAUGUCUGGGGAAACACCAUCAGUUCGACAUGCUGCCAAUCAAUUGGGUUUACCUAGUAGUGAAACAGCAUUCGAAGCUACUACUGCAAAUGAGUGGCUUAAUCACAUGAGAUCUCAAGAACCCUUACAAUAUUCUUUUCGAAGUAUUAUACGAUCAUUGUUUGCUCCGGCUAGUCAACCUCUUACUAGUUUUCAUGCCUUCUCGGCAUUUUCUCUUCGAGUCAUUCUAGAAGGCCUUCAAUCCUUGGUUUCAGAUUGCGAUUCCGAUGAUCUUUCUACAGUCGGGGUACCUACAAAAUUCGAAUUACGAAAAGCUCUGAGUCACUCAUUUGAAGCUAUAUCAAUGAGCCCAAAUCUUUCACAUUCCGAACGACUUGAACUUCUACUAAGGUGGCAUACUAUUUGCCUAGAUGCUUGUAAAGAUUCAUCAUUACUUUGCAGAUCUAUUUGUUCUCGUUAUGGUAUCGUUCAACAUGUUUGUGGUGGAAAGAAUAUCAUGAAACCGGAACAAGAUUUGAUAAGUUGGGCCAGUACGGAAGAAGCACGGAAAGCUCUCUUACACGCCAUUGCAAUCCAGGAAAUUGUAGAACAAUUACCAAGAGGUAGAGCACAUGUCAUACAUAUUCCAAGUUCGUUAUUUGCUUCAGCAACAGUCUAUUGUGUAUUUUCACUGGCUGGCCAGGGUGCAGUCAAUGUACCAAAUAUUGUGGACUGGCAAACUGUUUUGGCGACCAACGAACCUGGAACUUCUUCAACUCAACCAGGAUGUACGAAUCAAUCAGAAACAGCAUUAUAUCUUCGAGGGGAAAACUCAUUUUUUAGGGCAAUGGGGACAACGAAAAAUCUUCUUUACGAACUCAAUUCUAUGCAGAAGCUAUUUAAAUGCUUGUGUUCACAAUGGGGCAUUGCAUUCGAUAUGGAGGAUAUCUUGGAUCAAUGGAAUACACUUUGCCAUUGAGUUAGGAUAUGGGUAUGUGUAUAAAUGAUUUAUGAUUUAUGGAAAUGUGCGGAGCAGGGCGUUAUGUGAUUAAUCAGACUUGCGUUUGAUGCAAAAUGGGUUUGGAUGGGAGGCACUCGGAGGUUAGUCCUUGAUGGAAUGUUGGUGUACAUGACCACUUUUAGUUUCAGUCGGCGUAAUGAGUUAUAAUAUGCGGAGUAGUUUUCAUCAUUGUCAAUCUCAAGAAAUAAAUCAUACUGUUGCUUGUAUAUCGAGGAUAAACCUCGUCA